AUGAAGCGCCUUGUACUUGCCCUUUGCUUAUAUCUAUUCCAAGCAGCUGUCGCAUCUGAAGCAGAUUUCCUUGCUGCACUUCAAGCUCAAGAAAUUCCACUGCAAGCGCAGUUGCUCAGCGGUGAGGAGUUGACAGAGUAUUUACAGAAGAAUCAGAAAUUCUUCGAGGUCGAAGAAACUCCUGCAAGCGAUGAUUUUGAGAGCAGGUUGAUGGAUCUUAGUUUCAUCGACCAGAACAGGAAGCCUAUCGUUCAAGAAGCGAUUAGCACAUCUGGCGACAUCCCGGAAAGGUUAGUCAUCGCUUCUGCACUCAUUCUUUGGAGUGCUUACCUGGAUCAAGGCCCGAGGAAUCCGCUGACAUACUAA